AUGCGUUUCCUCGUUGUUCUCUCCGUCGUUUUCGUGCUGUUCCAAUUGAGCGCCGCCCAUUUGGUGAGUCCAAUCACAUCCGAUUCUUCCUUAUUUCAUCAAUUUGCAGGGUCGUCUUCCGGCUGGGUGUGUCUACCAGCAGUGCUCUCCCCACAAAGGACCGUCCACUUGCCCCCAAGGAACACAGACCUACAAGCACUCAAGAUGCGGAUUUCUUUGGUUGCAGAAGCAGGAGAUCUGCUGCCCUUCCCUCCAAACUCAGCCCGGAGCACAGGUUGAAAUCCCAGCUGCUGAUUAUCAGGGAUGA